UUUUAGAUUUAUCCUUACAUCAUAAUGAAACCACCUUUAAAUAGCCUCCUCUAUAAUAUUGCUGAACAACAAGAAGUUCAUAUCGGCAUAAAUAUAUCAUAAGCUGCAACCAACAACUUUUAUUAAUUUAACCUUGCGGGAUAUAUCUUAAUUAGAAAUGGCUUUGUCACGUUUAGCUUUGAAGAAUCUGCAGCAAAAGUUGAGUUCUUGCUCAUCAACUCUGCUGAAUUCAAGUCAGAGGAACCUCAAUAAUGUACAGAAACAGAGAUGGUGCUCUGAACUUGUACGACGUUUCUCCACAGAAGCUGCAGUUGGCAAAGAAAAAACUGAGACCCAAGAAAUAGCAGUCUCCGAAGGUGGCAAGAAAUCAAAGCUAUUUCCAAGGAGACGCCGCCGUGGCAAUCUUUGGAGGCGCAACGACUCUGACUUUGCACCUGCUCUAUGGGAAAAUUUACCUUCAGGACUUGGAAAUGCAUUGUUGCAAGCCACUGAGAAUAUCAACAGGAUAUUCGAGAACCUGAAUUUAAGCCCCUCGCAACUAAUGGGAAGAUAUAAGGAGGACGAGAAGAGCUACAAAAUCCGAUACGAUUUGCCAGGGCUAAGCAAGGAGGACGUGAAGAUCACAGUGGAAAAUGGAGUUGUAACAAUAAAAGGUGAACACAAGGAAGAACAAGAAGAAGGUUCAGAUGACGAGUUCUGGUCGUCUUCAAGAAGCUAUGGAUACUACAAUAAUAGCAUCGUCCUACCUGAAGAUGCUAAGGUUGACGAGAUCAAGGCUGAAAUGAAAGAUGGUGUUUUGACAAUCGUUAUUCCUAAAACUGAGAUACCUAAGAAAGAUGUCAAGGAAAUUCAGGUUAUGUGAGGUUCUUUUGUUCGAUAAAGUAAUAUCAGUACAUAUGUUGUAGUGUCCUAAUUCCAAGUUAUGUGUGAGCUUUUGCUUUUGUUAUUAAAUAUGACUGUUAUUUACUCUCUACUAAGUGGGCGUCUGGACAUAAGUAUUGUAAAAUUUCAAAAAUAAUGUGAUAUUUUUUUCAAGUCAAAAUGGUAUUCGAAAUUUAGAGU